UAAUGGGAAAAGAGAUUCGAGAGAGCGACUUCGAGUAAUUAAAGAGGGAGGGAGCUGCUCAGAUCUCAAACCUCUCCCUGUAACCCUAGUUUUCCUUCGUUGACUUCUUUGUCUUCGAAUGGAGAUCUCUCGAUCUCUGGCGAUCUCCUCAUGGAUCGCCAUGGCGAUCGUGCUCUCCAUCGCGCCAGCUGGCUGCUUCUAUCUCCCCGGCGUCGCUCCCGCCGACUUUCAGAAGAAAGAUCCACUAAUGGUGAAAGUGAACAAACUAACUUCUAUAAAGACUCAGCUUCCAUAUUCUUAUUAUUCACUUCCGUACUGUAAGCCAACAACUAUAAUUGACAGCGCCGAGAAUCUUGGAGAAGUCCUUCGUGGGGAUCGCAUUGAAAACUCUCCCUAUGUGUUUGAAAUGAGAGAGCCCGAGAUGUGCCACAUUGUCUGCAAGAUAACUCUCAAUGAAAAAGAAGUGAAGGAUCUAAAGGAAAAGAUAGAGGAUGAGUACCGGGUUAAUAUGAUCCUUGACAAUCUUCCCCUAGUUGUUCCCAUUAAAAGACUGGAUCAGGAGUCUUCUACAUUCUAUCAGCAUGGCUUUUAUGUUGGCGCCAAAGACCAAUAUUCUGAAAGCAAGGAUGCUAAAUAUUUUAUCAACAAUCACCUCUCCUUUCUCGUCAAGUAUCACAAGGAUGUGGAAAUGGACCUUGCAAGGAUAGUUGGAUUUGAGGUCAAACCAUUCAGUGUUAAGCAUGAUUAUGAAGGUGAGUGGAUGGAAGGCAGAACUCGACUGACCACCUGUGACCCUCAUGCAAAACAGACCGUUUUGAGCUCUGAUUCUCCGCAGGAGGUUGAAGAUAAGAAGGAUAUUAUAUUCACAUAUGACAUUGAGUUUCAGGAGAGUGAUGUGAAAUGGGCAUCCAGGUGGGACACUUACCUGCUAAUGAAUGAUGACCAAAUCCAUUGGUUCUCCAUUGUCAACUCGGUGAUGAUUGUCCUCUUUCUCUCCGGCAUGGUGGCCAUGAUCAUGUUGCGAACCCUAUACCGUGAUAUUUCCAAGUACAACCAGCUCGAAACCCAAGAAGAAGCUCAAGAAGAAACUGGGUGGAAACUAGUUCAUGGUGAUGUGUUCAGGCCUCCAGCCAACUCUGAUCUCCUCUGUGUCUAUGUUGGCACUGGUGUCCAAUUCUUUGGUAUGCUACUCGUUACCAUGGUGUUUGCUGUUCUUGGCUUUCUCUCCCCAUCAAAUCGAGGAGGAUUAAUGACAGCCAUGCUUCUCCUCUGGGUCUUUAUGGGUAUCUUUGCUGGAUAUUCAUCUUCAAGGCUUUACAAGAUGUUCAAAGGUUCAGAGUGGAAGAAAAUCACUCUAAGAACCGCAUUCGUAUUCCCUGCCACCGUCUUUGUCAUCUUCUUCGUGUUGAAUGCCCUUAUUUGGCGGCAGAAAUCCUCUGGUGCCGUCCCUUUCACCACAAUGUUUGCUCUAGUCUUGCUUUGGUUCUGUAUCUCUGUUCCUUUAGUCUUUGUAGGAAGCUAUAUUGGGUUCAAGAAGCCAGCCCUGGAGGACCCGGUUAAAACCAACAAGAUCCCUAGGCAAAUCCCAGAACAGGCUUGGUACAUGAAUCCUAUUUUUUCGAUACUCAUCGGAGGAAUCCUUCCGUUUGGAGCGGUGUUCAUCGAGCUCUUCUUCAUCCUAACUUCAAUUUGGCUUAACCAGUUCUACUACAUAUUUGGUUUCCUCUUCUUGGUCUUUAUUAUUCUCAUUGUCACCUGUGCUGAGAUCACGAUCGUUCUGUGCUACUUCCAGCUUUGCAGUGAAGAUUACUUGUGGUGGUGGAGAUCUUACAUGACCUCUGGCUCUUCUGCACUGUAUCUCUUCCUCUAUGCAACAUUCUACUUCUUCACUAAACUAGAGAUCACUAAGCCAGUGUCGGGGAUUUUGUACUUCGGCUACAUGUUCAUUGCUUCUUAUGCUUUCUUCGUGCUUACGGGAACUAUUGGCUUCUAUGCUUGCUUCUGGUUCACGAGGCUUAUCUAUUCAUCUGUGAAGAUCGAUUAAAUACACAUUUCCUCACUGGGGGCUAUACCUACAUUGAAACAUCGUCGUCAACAGGUACUUUAGUCUAACUUCCAACAUUCUUGGCGUCUGGCUUCAGUUUUGAGUUUCAGUGGUCAUCUCAUUUGAUAUAUGAUUCUAUUUACAUUAUUCGUUCGGGUCAGCGAGUAGCUUUCCUUUUUUUAGUUUUGUUAAAGACUUUUUAAUGUUUCUAGUAAUGUUCCACAGCAUGUCUCAACAAUUAAGCAUUCUUUCUUUUUACUUAUUUUUCCUCUGGUCCCUUCAACCGUGUUUAUUGCCAUCUUGUUGUAUAUCUGAACAAUGAAUUUAAUUGUUUCAUUCAGUUGAAAGAAACAUGUCACGGUUUACUGUUA